CAUUCUUAUUCUUGGUUUCUAAGCAACCUAUUCUCCCAGCGGUAUGAACUGACUGAUCCCUCCCGUAACGAAUUUCUUAUUUGUGUUUGCGUCUCUUAUAAGUCCUGAUCUGGAUACCGUUAAACGACUUUCACGAUGAUACCAGGAUUCGCAAUACUCGCCCACAACUAUCACAUCUUUGUAAACUGCAUGCUCUGUGCCGCUCAAGUCUAUCGCCACAUGCUAGCACAGUUACUUUUCGGCUUCCGGUUGUCGACCGUAUCGGUAUGGCCGCCAGCCCUGCACUUGACUUCAGCUCGUCGGUCAGGCCCGGAUUCUCGCCCCGUCGUAGGUUGGCCUCUCCCCUACUCUUUGGGUUCGUUCUGGCGCUUCUCGGGACGAUUCUUGAGAAUCGUAUUCUCUGCGUGGACACUGAGGCUUAUCUUGACACGUGCCUAUCGGGCCUUCCUCAGUCAGCCAUUGUCAACCUAUUGGCCUGGUACAGAUGAACUCAAUUCUGGAUUCGUCUCCACUAUCCGUCUAUCCAUGGAACAGGAGGAAAGUGACGACGACGACGAUAGUUCCCAAUUGAAGUAUCUCAAGUACACAUACAAACCUUUACCCCCAUCCCAGACUUUCAACGUUGUAGGUACCAGCUACCGCUUGCUGUCUAGCAUCGGAAUCUCGGGAUCUACUAGUAUUGUGUACUGUGCUCGAACAAGGAACGGAGUAUUCGCUGUGAAAACGUUCGACAAGGCUACAACGAAACUACGCCAGUAUCCUACUCCGAAAGCGAUCGUUGACGAGAAGAACGCGUUAGUUGACCUCAAUACUCCUGGUUCUCCCUUUGUGACACGGCUCUUGGCGUCCGGUGAAGAUGAUUACAAAGUUUAUCUCGUGAUGUAUAAAUACACGAUGAGUCUUCGAGAUAGGCUUCGUAUGCCUGCAGCGAUACCCUUGGAAGACAUCAAGAUAUACGGCGCUGAGUUUCUUGCCGGCUUAGAAUACGUUCAUAAGCAUCGAUAUGCACAUCGCGACGUCAAGCCCGAGAAUAUACUCAUCUCUCCAUUUGGCCACAUUUCUUUGGCCGAUUUUGGUCUUGCCCGAAAGUUCACUUCAAGGACAGAGUGCAUCAUUGAGGACGAUAUUCAAUCGGGGACAGCCAAAUACUUCAGCCCAGAAGUCCAUCGUCGUGAAGAGAAGGUCGAUGCCGUAUAUACGGAUAUCUGGGGUUUCGGCGCCAUCCUUCUGGAGAUGCUUUUGUUCAAGGGAGACUCUUUCCACCCCUACGAAGAGUGGCUAGCUUAUAUUGGCAGGAAUGCGGGCAACAGGAUAUCCGAGUUGAACAGUGAGACAAUCGAUUUGUUGCAGAAGGUUCUCGAUAUCAAUCCAAUCGGGCGGAUAGGGAUACUCGAUAUUAAGCGCCACCCUUUUCUGGAAAAGUAUGCGAUACCUAGUGACGGCGACGUGCUCAAAAUUCAUUGUCGUGAGUAUCAUCAUUCUCCUGUCUACUCUUCUGACGCCUCGGCUCAUGCAUAUCAGCGUCUUUUCGUCCACGGGGGGAUCAUCGAUGGACUAGCAUACUUCCCAAACCUGUUAGCCGACGGGGAGGGGAUGUACGUCAGACUAACGAGAUCCUGGGCCUGAAUCAACAGCCCCCAUUAUCUUUUUGGAACGGCGAAGGCGGGUGCCUAAUCAAUUACAUCUGUCUGGAACUCGAAUUCCAUGCUCUUCAUUGCCCCGAGCCAGGUCUGCUCUCGAUCUUCUUGGAUUUGGCUUUUUGGUAUAUCUUUGGGCCUGUAUUUGAUGUGAUCUACAAACUGUUAAAACAUGGUUAGGCGCAUUAUAUUGUACAUCGUA